AAGCUGCACUGUGUUGUCAUUUAUUUCGAUGCGCCAGAGGUUGCUUUUGGAGGAAAGCACUUCAUAGCGAUAAUGCCGCCUUUGUGCUCAUGGUGAGAACAUCAAUAUUAUGUCAUACAAUAUAGACGAGGUCACAUUUGAAGAUCUAGAGGCAACUGAUGUUAUAAGUGUGGAACUUGUGCCCGAACGCAAGGGUUUGAUACUGAAACACUGUGAAUAUUAUGUGAGUUCUCGUCGACACGGUACAACAGUUACAAGAAGAUAUAAUGACUUUGCCCUUCUGUAUGAUGUGCUGUAUGCUAAAUAUCCAUAUAGGGCCGUAUGCAGCCUACCACCGAAAAGGGUGGUGGUAGGAGGUGGGAGUCCCAUGUUUCUGCAGCGGCGUCGAGCAGCUCUUCAGCGAUGGCUGACGAUAGUUGCUCGCCACCCUGUACUAGCCCAUGAUGCCGACCUACGUACAUUCUUGUGCGAAACCUCCCCAAAGUUGGACAAGCCCAAGCAUGAUGAGUUUGUUUUAGCUGGCACACAAGAUAAUAUGCAGAAUGACAUUACGACAGAAGAAAUGCAGAAUUUGUUUGCAACUGAGCAGGAGCAGCUACGCUUAGCGCAUCUAGGAUUAGGGAGACUUUUCAAAAUAUUUGAGAAAGUGGAGGGCCGAUGCGAGGCGGAACGGGCAGACAUUCGGGAGUUGGGCGCGGCACUGCAUGCGUUGUCUGCGCCGGCUGACGCGGACAACGCCAGGUGGACAACACUCAAAGACGCUCUUAAGUCUGCGGCAGAUCUAACAUCAGACAUGGGCGACCACGAGCGGGACACAGACGAGGGCAUGGAGCGGAUGUUGAUAGCUUUGGACGCGGUGGGCGGUCACCGGCGGUUGUGCGGGCGGCUGCAGCGUGGGCUGCACGCCGAGCGUGCCGCCGCCGCCGCAGCCGCCCCGCCCACUCCCGCCGCGCGCACGCUGCAACACAGACACAGAUACGCGCUGCGAGCUGCGUUACAGGAGGGGAGGGUGGCGCGCGCGUACGCGUUAUCCGCGUUGGAGGCGUUACCCGAGCUGCUGCGUACGCAGUCGGCGGCGCACGCGCGCGUCGCGGCGCUGUGGGCGGAUCUACACACAGUCCUGCGACACCCACACUCUAAACCGUACGCCAAGUGACGCGCAUAUUUUUCUUUUGAAGUUUAUCUCCAUGUUUUAGGUAAGACUUUAUCGCCUAUGACAUAGCUGUUAAAUGCAUUGUGUUCAACUUUUUUGUUUUAUGCCCGGGCCGCACCUGCGUAGUGCUUCGA